AAGCCGUCGGCUGUCGCCGGCCCUGAUAAAGGCAGCAGCUAUAGAGCUUCAGUUUCAGAGAGAGAGAGAGAGCGAGAGAGAGAAGAUGAGCGGAGAGGGGAAGGUGGUUUGCGUGACCGGAGCUUCUGGAUACAUAGCCUCCUGGUUGGUGAACCUCUUGCUCCGCCGCGGCUAUACUGUCAGAGCUACCGUUCGCAACCCCCAUGAUCCAGAGAAGACACAACACUUGCGCUCGCUUGAUGGUGCUAAAGAAAAGCUUCAUUUGUUGAAAGCAGACUUAUCGGAAGAAGGGUCUUUUGAUUCUGCAGUUGAUGGAUGCGAAGGUGUUUUUCAUACAGCUUCCCCAGUUUCUUUUGCAGUCAAUGACCCACAGGCAGAACUGAUUGAUCCUGCAUUAAAGGGGACAAUUAAUGUUCUACGGUCAUGUGCAAAAGUUCCAUCUAUCAAAAGGGUAGUUAUAACAUCUUCCAUGGCCUCUGUUGUAUUCAAUGGUAAACCUCUUAGUCCUGAUGUGGUGAUUGAUGAAACUUGGUUUUCUGAUCCAGCUCUUUGCAAGGAACUAAAGCUUUGGUAUAUGCUUUCGAAGACACUAGCGGAGCAGGCUGCUUGGAAAUUUGCAAAAGAGAAUGGGAUUGACAUGGUUAGCAUAAAUCCAGGAUGGGUGUUUGGUCCUCUCUUGCAGCCAACUGUUAAUUCAAGUGUUGAACCAAUUCUGAAACUCAAAAAUGGAGCUCAAACAUUUCCCAACAGAACAUUUAGAUAUGUUGAUGUUAGAGAUGUUGCCAAUGCACAUAUUCAAGUCUAUGAAAUUCCUUCAGCUAGUGGAAGAUAUUGCUUAGUUGACAAUAUUAUGCACUGCUCUGAGGUUGUAAAGAUAUUGCGCAAACUUUAUCCCACACUAACUCUUCCUGAAAGAUGUGAGGAUGACAAGCCUUUUGAGCCAACCUACAAGGUGUCCAAAGAGAGAGCUAAAAGUUUGGGCAUCAACUUCACUCCCAUUGAAAUGAGCCUGAAGGAUACUGUUGAAAGCUUUAAGGAGAAGAACUUACUGGGCUUAGCUAAUGAGAAUGAAUUCCCUUUUGGUGUGCAAAAUCCCACAACUCAUGUGAGGCAAGUUUCUCAAAUAAAACCGCCAAGAAUGCACCCAGGAACAUCUCUGCGAUUGGCAUGUUCUUUCCCCUCCAUUCAAAUGCCCUUUCCCCUCUGUUGAUUUUACUUGUCCUGUCUUUGUUUUCUUGCCACUUACCCUUUUACUACUUUUCUUUGACUGCUUUGAAGAAUAGGAAUUCUUCUUUUCUUGCCAUUAUUCUUCUUGUUAUUCUUCAAAUGAUAAGUACAAAAUAACCUACCAACAAACAGCCUCCCAAUUUUCUUUUAUUUUUUUUGUCUGGGGCGUGGGGAUGGCCUGCUCUCAUUUAUGCAUUUGAUUAAUUAAUCUCUGCCAAUGUUAAAAUAGAGAACAAAGACUGCGAGAGAAGUUCAUUGCGUUAUUUAUUUA